AUGAGCGACUUCUCAGCACAGUACACCAACGCGAAUAUCGCCCGAGAUGCGGCGACCUACGACAGUGCGCGUUUUCUCGCUCUGAAUGAGAAGAUUCGGAAACUUGAGCCUGCUACACACAAUGGAUUUACUAUUGCGCUUUUGAGUGCAAUGUUUUGUGCCCAACGCCGUGGAGACGCCGUAUCAGCCUUGUUCCGCGAUGCGACGAAGGACGAGUCGGAUGCAAGCGUAAAAGAGAUUUUCAUUACUGUCCGUGAAGCUCUUGCGCUCGUUGUGCCCUUUGUCGGGUUCCCCUCGUGCAUGCCGGCUGUAUUCGGUCUGGUCAACGAGUUGCGGGGCCGAGGUAUCGACCAAGUCCCUGUCCAGGAAAGAGUUGGAUUCGAUCAGAACGAUUAUACAACAGCAGGGAAAGCCGCAUUCAAACAGGUCUACCGCGGAGUGGGGAACAGUGAGGUGGGCAAGAUGCUGGAUCAGUAUUUCCCUGAACUUUCCUACUAUGCCGAUACAGCAGUGUUUGGAUAUCUCCUUAGUGGGAGCGACCUCUUCACUCUCAAAGAGAAGGAGUUGGUGCUUGCCUCGGGCAUCUUUGCACAAGGUGCAAUUCGGCAGUCACAAAGCCAUUGCAAGGCCUCUAUUCAACUCGGUAAUACCAUUGAGGUCGUUCAGGGACUAUUUGAGGCCAGUGUCGAGGUUGCACUCUGGAAUAACUCGCGUUUGCCGGGAAUGAUCGACGUACCCCAGCUGGCAGAGGAUGUGAAACGCAAUCUCGCCGCGGAAAGCCAGUAA